GAAAGGGGCUCUCUCCGCUUGCGCAUUCCGCAACCGUAUGUUUCUCCCCCUGGUUCCCAUUUUGCCCCUUCUCUUCAUUGCCUCUUCUUGCUCCUCUCUCGCUCCCCCACCCGCCCUUUCCCCCUCUCUUCGUGGAAAUCGCCUAAUGGAUUGGCUCGCCGGAUGAUUUUGCUCUAAUUGGGGCCUGGAUCUCGUCUCCGAGUACCGUCUUAGGUCGCGAGAGCUCGUCCUCUGAUGGUUUUCUAGAGUUCCAGACGAGUUAGGGUUUUGGAGCGAGUGCGGGAGCCGAAUUGAGUGAUUUCGGCUGUUGAUUUGUUUAAUUGGUGGCGUGAUUCGGAGGUUUUUGCUCUUUACGAUGGCUUGAGAAAGAUAGAGAAAAGCGAGUGGUGGAAAGCACUAGUGAAUCAUGGGGACCAGCGAGAGUGACGCGCCGCCGAAGGCGCCGAAGACAUCAGGGGCGCAGGAGCAGCCUCCAGCCACAAGCUCCAGUCCUACCACCACUAUGUACCCAGACUGGUCGGGAUUUCAGGCAUACUCUCCAAUUCCGCCGCAUGGGUUCUUUCAUUCUCCUGUGGCCUCAAGUCCCCAGGCUCAUCCUUACAUGUGGGGUGCUCAGCACCUCAUGCCUCCAUUUGGGACCCCACCACCUCCAUAUGUUAUGUAUCCUCAUGGAGGGUUAUAUGCUCAUCCAUCUAUUCCACCGGGUUCUCACCCUUUUGGUCCCUACGCUGUUCCUUCCACAAAUGGCAAUCCUGAGGCUUCUGGGGCUGUGACUACGGGAAUGGAAGGUGAUGGUAAGUCAUCUGAAGGUAAGGAAAGGAGUCCUAUCAAGAGAUCAAAGGGAAGUUUAGGAAGUUUAAACAUGAUUACGGGAAAGAACAACGAUCUGGGUAAAACAUCAGGAGCAGCCAAUGGUGUCUUCUCUCAAAGCAGUGAAAGUGGAAGUGAAGGUUCGAGCGAUGGAAGUGAUGUAAAUUCUCAGAAUCUUUUACAGGACUCGCAAGCAAAGAUGUGUGGUGGACGGGAUUCUUUUGAUGCAGAGGUAUCCCAAAAUGAUACCACUGCCCGUGGUUCUCAGAAUGGAGUAUCUCGUGCACCAACACAGGCAGCAGCAAGUCAAACCAUUCCGAUAAUGCCUAUGCCAGUUGCUGGUGUGCCUGGAAUGGUUGCUGGCCCCACCACAAACUUAAAUAUAGGGAUGGACUACUGGAAUGCAUCAAACCCACCAACCAUCCCUCCAGUUCGUGGGAAGGCCCCUGCAGCCACAGUUGCAGGGGCAAUGGUUCCUGGUGGGCUUGUUGGAUCUCGGGAGAAUGUUCCAUCAGAGCUUUGGAUACAGGAUGAAAGAGAACUCAAAAGGCAGAAAAGAAAGCAGUCAAACAGGGAAUCUGCACGUCGGUCCAGGUUGCGCAAACAGGCGGAGUGUGAAGAACUUGCUCGACGUGUUGAGGCUUUGAAAGAGGAAAAUACUGCCCUAAGAGCAGAAGUAGACAGGAUGAGGAAGGACUAUGAACAGCUUCUUGCUCAAAAUGCCUCUCUCAAGGAGAAACUUGGGGAACCCACUAAAGGAUCAGAAGAUGCAAAACUUGAUGAGAACAACCAAGAUUCUGUUGAUGACACUCAAAAGCACUCAGAUUCUAUUGUGAAAGCAGGGCAACCAGAUUCUGCACCAAGUGGUUGCUGAGACCACAACUGCUUCAUACCAUUUUCUGGAUCAUAACCUGACUAGAAUUUGACCAUGCCCACAUCACAUAGUAUUUUUAAAUGAAGAUUAAAAUAUGAUGCAGUAAAUUACUACUAGGUAGCCAUGUUGUUGAUGCUGACCUCUCUAAGCAUGGUUCCUGUUAUUAUUUUGCCUUGACUGAUCUUUUAACAGUCAAGUCAAGCAGGACGUGUUGGAACCAAGUCUGGCCCUUGUCUUUUAAAAGGAAGGCUUGUGACCUUUUUCGCUCCUUAUCUACUGUGGAUGCCUUAUGGUUUGAUGCAAUGUAUAAUUAGUGAGAGUUAAUUAUUUACCACUAUGUAAUAGAAGUUUUAUAUAGACAAACAUUUCUUAAUGUAGUAUGUAAACACUGUCAAAUAAUAGAACUAUGAUCGAGUUGUGAUUUGCUGGUCCUUGUUGAAGAUCUUAGUGGUGCUUUAAAGGUGUACCAGAAGAUGAAGACAUCGAAAACAUGUGAUAUGCUUCUUCUUUUUUUUUUUCCCCUGAAAGUUUUUCUGUCUGUGAAAUAAAUUUCCUAGAUGUGAUAUUGAAGCCCUCCAUGAAUGCAGAAAGCAUGAAUUCCUUGGGUGACUGGUGGAAUUCAAAACAGUCUAGAUUGGAUGAUUAUUUUACUUCUGAAAUCAUUUUCAGGUGUCCAGGUCGCUGGAGGAAUUUUCAAGCAUUUCAGCUCUCUGCAAGUUGAAUCUGACAAUAUCUCAACUUAAUAAUAUAUUCUGAUUCAAUUGAAAUCAGAAAGAAGCAGAAACGUUGGAGGAAAAGAACAAUCUACUUGUUGGUGACCUUGGGAGUGGUAGAUGUUGUUCCAUUAAAAAUUGGUUUGUUGCCUUUAGCACUUGUCAGGCACCCAAGUGCUGAUGACCAUCAUAUAUUUCAGAGCAUGGAUGAUACAAACAGGACAUAUGAAGGUGACCCAUAGCAGGAACCCUGAUGUUAUACUUGUAAAUAAUCCUCUGGAAAGUAGACUGCAGGAGCUAUGUAGCAUGGAUCUAAAGAUACAUUCACAGAACGUACAGAAGGUGGCUGUAACAUAUGAGUGGUAGAAUGUGUGAUGGUUUUGCUGCCGCAGCUGGACUUGCGUGGGAACAAAUGGCUGCAGUGGUUUUGUUAGGUGAGUAGAUGACGUCAUCUCCAGAACUCCAUUUAUAACAUUAUAGCUGAUUGAGGAUCCAGAACCUUGCAUUUCCUGCACAACAUAAAUGUUCUCCAGAAGAGAUGACUAAUGAGAGGCUGAGCUGAUAUUGUCGGAGCCAUUAUUAGCAAGCCUGGUGUCAGGUACACAACCAUAGUGGACCUUAUGACAACCCAUCUCCCUGUUUGUGCUUAUUUCUCCAAUAUUAUGUUGAGUUUCUUAUAUGUCAAAUGAUGGUGGAAACUUCUGCUUGACAGCUAGGUUCAUGCCUUUUACAUAAUUGUUCUAUUACCAGGUUUUUGUGCAUGGUCUAGCAAUUUUUGAUGGUUCAGAAUGCAAAAUAGACUAUU